CGCGUUAGCCGGGGCCCGGCGGGGGAGCGCCGAGCUCCAUGGGCAACACCGUCACCUGCUGCGUGUCGCCGGACGCCAGCCCCAAGCUCGGCCGGGCCCGCGGCGGCGCCGGCGGGGCGGCGGCUGGGCCCGAGCGCUGGGCGGACGCGUACCAGGCGGCGCCGAGCGGCGGCGGCUCGGGCUCGGCGGAGGCCGACUCGGGGGACUCGGAGCCCGGCGGCGGCGGCGGCCCGCACCUCCAGCACAUCAGCGACCGCGAGUUCCCGGAUGAUUUAGCCUUGGAAUCCAAUCCGUCUGAUCAUCCCAGAGCAAGCACAAUUUUCCUGAGCAAAUCUCAAACAGAUGUACGAGAGAAGAGGAAGAGUAACCACAUCAACCACGUUUCUCCAGGACAGCUUACAAAAAAAUACAGCUCGUGCUCAACAAUAUUUAUAGAUGACAGUACAGUCAGUCAACCUAAUCUUAGAAGCACAAUAAAGUGUGUAACGUUAGCAAUAUUCUACCAUAUAAAGAACAGAGAUUCAGACAGAUCAUUGGAUAUUUUUGAUGAAAAAUCUCAUCCUCUCACACGGGAAGAAGUUCCGGAUGACUACUACAAGCAUGACCCUGAUCACAAGCACAUCUACCGCUUUGUUCGGACGCUUUUCAGCGCUGCACAGCUGACAGCUGAAUGUGCAAUAGUGACGCUGGUUUACUUGGAAAGGCUUUUAACCUAUGCAGAGAUUGACAUCUGCCCUAGUAACUGGAAGAGGAUAGUCUUAGGAGCUAUUCUGCUGGCUUCUAAAGUCUGGGAUGAUCAGGCUGUUUGGAAUGUGGAUUACUGCCAAAUAUUGAAGGACAUUACUGUUGAGGACAUGAACGAGAUGGAAAGACACUUCUUGGAGCUAUUGCAGUUUAAUAUCAAUGUUCCUGCCAGUGUUUACGCCAAAUACUACUUCGAUCUUCGCUCCCUAGCAGAUGACAAUAACCUGAGCUUUCUGCUGGAGCCUCUUAGCAAAGAGAGAGCACAGAAACUGGAGGCUAUCUCCCGGCUCUGUGAAGAUAAAUACAAAGACUUGUCAAAAGCUGCUAUGAGACGAUCUUUCAGUGCUGAUAAUUUAGUUGGUAUCCGCCGUUCUAAUGCCAUCCUCUCCUGAGGAGAGAGAAAGGUGCAGCACCAUGAACCAGCGUCCACAUGAAUUGGAGGAAUACCACCACUCCAUGCACACAAGCCAGCGGUGAUGGUGUCUUCCAGCAAAAGGAGAGGAGGGGUAAAAUUAGCCAAGGGAGCCCAGAGCUUGAGGAGCAUACUUGGUGCAAGACAAGAUCUUUGUCAAAUCCACUCUCUCCUCUUUAAUUUAUCCAGAGAUGCAAAAACAAACUUCUCUCCAUCUUUUUCCCACAGAUGUUUGCUUACUAUGUAGGCCUAUAGCUGUGAACUCUUGAGGUUUUUAAUAACAAGUAGUUUUAAAUUUUAGAAUUUAAACACUAACCACAUGACUAUAGUUACAACGUUCUUCCCUCCUCUCCCCUGUCCUACAGAGUCCUGCCGCAUUUGUACUUCAGGUCAAUGCGGUGUUAAAAACAAAACAGAACGUGGGACUCUUUAAAGUAUCAAACUACUCUGGAGCUGAAAACAACAAACAGCCUUGACUUGUGUUGAUGGUUUUUCCCUGGUUUGGCUACUAAAAGCUGCUAUUAUUGGUGAUCUGUUCAUAACCAAGAAGCUGCACAGCAGGAAGGAAUCCCAACUCUGCACCAACAACUUCACUCCAGCAGACUGUCAAAGGACUUAGUAUGUUUUGAGUGGUGGCAGAGAGAUGGUUUUCUGUAUUGUUAAAAUAUAUAGGGUCCAUGCUGCAUUUCUUGUGAAUUAUGGUGCUUCUCUCAUUUUCUAAUACUUGUUAUUGCUCUGGAAGAGACGCAAGCUGUAUAUUUUUUUGAGGCAUUGAAUGAGAAAGUUGGUCUGGAAAUAUCAUCACCAUCCCAAACAGCGUAGCAAUCCAGUGGUGAACGGCAUGUGUGCAGCACCGCUUCUCGAGUUCUACUGCAGAUCUCUUGUGCUAUAUACAGUGGAGUUCCUAAAGCUGAUAUUGUGCAUCCAUUUGGCUCCCAUUGAGGCUUUGUUUCUUGGGAGGGAUUUACAAUCAUGAUAAGAUAGAGUUUGAGAAUCUUGGACUACCUAACCAGGUAGAUUGAAAAAAAAAAUUAAUCGAAAAUUAUCAAAAAUAUUUCUGUAAAACUUUUUUUUCCUUUUUCCUCCAAAGUGAAUUUUAUUUUGUGCAACUGCUUUUAAGGCUUGGGUUUUUGUUCCUUCUGAGACUUUGGAAUGGACCUUACUUUCAGGCUCUGAAACUGAACUCUGAGCAGGAUAAGUAUUACUAGACUCUUCCUGUUACAUGCCUUUGUAAUAUCUUCCCUUCUUGGAUCCAAAUAGAUUCUAGGCUGUCUGUCUAGGAGCAGAUCUCCCUCCAAAUGGCACAGUUUCUGUGCACUUCAUCUAGCCAAGGUCCAGAAACUCACACUAAACGGUGAGUCCACAUGCUUUUGAGAGUGGAGGGUAGGGAGUGGGGGUCUGAGUGUAACAAUCAGUCUGGCUACACUCAGCUGUUAAAAUGAUGCAUUUUGUCUUUUGUGGUAUGCAAAUAUGCCUGCCCCUGGCUCUCAGAUCCAUGGAACUUGGCACUUCAGGUAUUGAUCACAACUGAAUUUUGGAAAUAAUGCUACAUCUUCAGGUGGUUUUCCUUUCUCAUGUUUGUAUUAAAAGAAAAGCUAAUAAACUCUAUUUUAAUUAAAGUUAAAGGUAAAUUGUGUAUUCUGUACAGUUGUCUGAUUUAAUUCCCCCUCUAUUUGCUGCUGUACAGCUUCUUUCAUGUUUGAGAGGAAGUGGGGGGCUGUGGAAUCAAUGUGCAUUAAGGCCUCCCCUGUCUCUGUACCUUCCCCUCGUGUUCAUUUUGCUGAGAUUACUCGGGAAUUCUCUGAAGCCCACAGCAGAGGUCAUUGGGCAACUGUGUGCUGCUUGCUCUGCAGGAUGGGCCAGGGCCCUCAGCUGGAUGAGCAGCAGAAGCCUUCUGUAGCUGCCUGCCUAUUUCCACUUGUUUUAGUUUGGAAUUUGACUCAGCCCUCUACAAUAUCUGUCUGGUGCUAACUGGAAGUUUUUAAAUCCUCCCUUGAGCACUCAAUAGGAAUCUACAAGCGACUGGGUGCCUUUUACUUUGUGUGAUGGGGUCUGGAUUCGCUUCACUGUGGGCUGGCACAUGGUUUCUGUAGCUGCAGCCGUUCAGCUCUAAGGUGCUCAGCAGGAACUUGUGGCAUUCACUCACCUUUUGGCCAAAGUAGAGCGAGGCUCGUCCUGCUGAUCUGCCUGUCAGGCGGGUGUCAACUCAGACAGCUGUACUCUUGUCCAGGAACCUGAUGCUCCCAACUUAAUUUUGCCUAAACUUUAACUGGUUUUAGUUUUUCUGUAGCUUAGCCCAGAGCACUUUGUCAAUAGAAUCAUGAUUUUUUAAGAGAGGGGAAAAUAGCAAUUGCCCUUAACAUUCUGGGCCAUAUGAAAGAGAUCCAGGAAAACAUACCUACAGCAUUUCUUAGGUAAUCAGUGGGAAGUAAAACUUUUAAAAGAGUGCAGUUGAAGAACAAAGAUAGAUACAAUUUCAGAGGGAACUGCAUUUGGGGGGUGGGUUCUGCGGGGAGCUGAGCUGUGCUUUAUUUGUUGGCAGUAAUUUUCGUACAAAGGCAAAAUGAAAAAUAAUAGAAUCAUCUCUAGAACACUAGCAUUACAGUGAGUGUACCUACCUCUGUUGCCUUAGAAGAAUACCCAGCAACAACAGCCUGCGAUGAGAAUGCUCAUUUGUGAAGAGUAAAUCUAAGGUGAGGUGACCUUCGGUUGCAUUCAGCCCCAGGGUGGUUCCACUUAACAGCUUCCCUAGACAAUAUCUAUAUCGUGACCCAUCAAGAGUAACGCGAGCAGUGUGUGCUACAGGUCCAUAUGGGCAGCAACUCACUGAUGUGUUUCUGGGCUACAUGAUGCCUUUGGGAGUCAGAAGGCCUUUCUGUUUGUGUAUGGGGACUGUGUGCAUUUUGUUUCUAAGGGAACUUUAUGAGAGCUACUUCAGCGUGGGUUUGGCAGUUAAGAGGACAGGCACUUCAGAGACUGAAUAAAUGUCAAGAACAUUGCUUCUGGGUAAGAAUAUACGCAUCAGGAAUAACCUGACAAGCAGAAGAGGGCACAAGAGCAAUUGAGGUCAGAGUUUGCAGGGGGGGCGUAGCAGCUGUGUGGGUGCUGUUGGCUGAUGGGUCAGAGCCCAGAACAAGGCGGGCUGCUGCCUAUGGCCCAAGCUGCUAAUUCCCAUAGUGCAGCAGGGCUUAUGCCUGACUGUUCACAGUGUUCUCUGAGAAAGAGGCAAAAUAUGUGCUGUCGUGCUGUAGCAGUGAAUAUAGUGCACUGUUGCGCUACCAUGCACACAUACAUAUAUGCAGUUUAAUAGCUGGGUAAAGCACAUCGCUGAAAAUGGGCCAGUUUGCUGCCUUAGGGAGCAAGGCAUUUCCAGGAACAAAAUCACCACUUUGCCUCCUGCCCCUGUCACGUAAAACCCCAUUUGCAGGGCCAGAUCCCUGUUCUGCAAGAUACUACUUUUCCCCACACAAAGUGCAUUGCACUAGUCGAUACCAAGAGAGCCUGCUCUUGCCUUGAGGGCAGCCUGAAUGGGCCCAAUGGGACACAGAGCACAGGUGUGUGACACCACACCAUCAGGGUGGGCUGCGUGUAGCUGUGCAAAGUCCUGCAGCCUUUGGUGGUGGUUCACCAACAAAUGACUGCAGCCAUGGCCCUUCUCUUGAUCAAAAUCGAUCUCAAGGUGGCAGCGGAUGGCAGCUUUGCCAAACUCCUGCUUACUGAGGCACUGAGAACACAGAAGCUUCUCAGGAAGCUUUGGCAGUAACCCUGCUGCCAAGCAGGCUUUACAGCUGGAAACAGGCAAGGUGCCUUCAGCACCCAGGUAAGUCCUGAUGCUGAGGUGGGGCAUGCCCACACAGCCGCACAGCAGCUGCCCUGCACAGGGCAGGCUCAGCUGCUGGGUGUCCUUUGUCUGCACCUAACCACAGAGGGCUUGGGUGAGUCAGUGCAUUGCUGGCUCCAUCAGUUUUAUCAUGGGGCACUGGAAUGCUGCUUUCAGGUAAGAGAUCCUAUCUAGUGGGACCCGUGUGUGCCUACACACCUAACUAGAUAGCAGAGUCCUGCACCAUUAGUCACAGCACAGCCAACUUAACCCCUCAUUGUCCUCCCUUCGCACUCUUCCCACCACAGGAGAGUGUACAGCAGAUGGCAACAAGGACACUUAAAUCAGCACACAACAUCCUCCUUGGCCAAGAGCUGGCACCUGCUAAGUACCAAAGGGCAACUCUUUGGCGCUCGAUCUCGAGGCAGAGUGAGGGACCAAUACCGUGCAAACUGCAAGAACACCAAUAAAAGUUGAUCGUUAACUGUCUUCCACCAGGAAGGUGUGACCUUGGCCUGCCCAGGAGCUCUGUCAGCAAAGCCAGGGGUGGUGCCAGCAGUACCUGCUGCCAACACCCUGCAGACCCAAACUCACUCCCAAGCUGGGUGGGCUGCUGCCAUGGGCCAGGGCGCACAGCCUCACACUGAGGGCAGAGCUGCGCAGGGCUUGGUGCUCUCGGCAGCACAUCUGCACAGGGCUGCUGCGGUUGCCUCCCAAGUCCCCGCUGAUCCCUGCUGAUAAGAAGACAGCACAGCCCUCCCGCACACUCCUCCCCUUUCCCCACAGUAAGCUUUUGUGGUAAUUAUCAGGUUAGCAUAAGCAUACAAGCAAAGAAAACAGCACACACAUCUUUUUCCUCAUAAAUAACUAAUCUCUAUACUUCUCUUUGAAUAAAAUUUCUUCAGCUUUUCACAAAAUAUAAUAUGGUUAUAUAAACAAAAGUUGAAGAGCACCACUAAACAACAAUGCCAAAACAACAUGUCAGUUACCCACAGCACAGGGGCACUGGCUCCACACCUUGCCCUGCCUGCAGGGCAGUGCUGAGGCCAGGGUCAACCCCAGGCUGCUGGCACCAACCUGUCCUUAGGUCAGAACAGAGUGGCCUCCCGGAAACUUUUCAAUAGGCAAGCCUGCACUUGAGCUUGGAUUUCUUUUUUUCCUUAAAAAAAAAGUUUU